AUGGGCAUCACUCAUUGUGAUCGUACUCAAGAAAAAUGGUUUGGACAUCCGAAUGUGCUUGUCGACUACCGAAUUGUCAAUGGAUUCAUUACGUUGUCCAAUUACCCUCUACCGUUGAUAGAUGAUCUGCUGGUUGGAUUUGAAGAUGUCAUGUGGUUCAUGAGUUUGGGUAUAGCGAGUGAUUCUUGGGCAAUCAAGAUGUCCGAAAGAGCAAAGCUGAUAUCGGCGUUUGUUUGCCCAUUCGGACAUUUCCAAUGGACUCGUAUGCCAUUCGAACUCAAUAAUGCACCACUGAUAUACCAGUCGGUUAUCAACAAUUGUCGGUGGGGAUUUGUGGGACUGCCUCCGGAAGAAGAAGCAGAAGUCGAUCAAGAUGUCGUGGAUUUGCUAGGUUUGGAUCCUACAGAUAAUCAAGAAUCCGAAAGGGGGCGUCCAAACGACGAAGUAAAGGGACUCACAGACUCCAUGACGGUUUUCCAAAGGAAUAUUCUCAUGCCUUCACACAUCGGUCCAGUGCUAGGACGCAGCUCUUAUAUCGACCCAUGGCGCGAAAACAUGGAACCAACUUUCUUACCAAAAAGCGAGUUUGGAAAACGGUUGAUCCCCUAUCUGUCCCACAAAGUUAGUGCAGAAGUUAUCCGAGCGACCCCAAAAGUUGCGAAGGGUGUUAUGGAUUUACCGUUUCCCAAAUCCCACAAAGGUAUACUAUCGUUUCUCGGAAGUCUAAACUACUAUCACAAGUUCAUCGAAGACUUUCCGGUAGUGGCAGCAGUUCUUUAUGAACUUUCAGAAGACCAGAUACGUCAGGGACGAGAUCUUUCACGAGCUCAUGAAUCUUUCGAAAUGCUCAAAAGGAAAAUCGUUGCGACACCCGUGUUAAGACACGCGGAUGUCCAGAAGACAUUUGUGGUAAUUCCGCACGCGAACCGUUGGGCUGCUUGUACAGUCAUAGGACAAGAAUACGGCGGGAAGAUACAACCCGUUCGGAACACGGGACGCGUUUUGAAUGAUGCCGAGCUCCGGUAUCACAUUGCUGAGAAGGAGGUAAUUGCUAUCCUGAGGGCGUUGCAAGUCUUUCGGGCGAUUCUGGAAGGCCGACAACUGAUCGUCUACACCAGAUAUUCUGUUCUGAAUCUAAGUCAGCAGACAGAAGGUGCGUUCCUUGGGGAGUCACGCUUUCACAUUGGGAUAUCGAAAUCCGGAAAGUCCAAAAAGGACGAAGACGGACUUGCAGCCAUCAUGGUUUCGACGGUGCCGCAAAGCUCUCCAUCAAGAAAGGAAGCUGAGGUUGUGUGUUAUGGCAACUACCCGAAUGUCACGGUAAACGAUGCUGAGUACCAUGGACUUCUCAAAGGACUCGAGAUGACCAUUGGAAUGAGGUUGCAAGAUUUGGUCGCAGUUGGAGAUUCUCGAAUUGUUCUUCGACAGGUUCAAGGACUGAUCAACUGCAAUCAACCACAUCUCCAAAGGCAUCUUGCCAAAGUUGAGCUACUGAAAGAGAAGUUCGGAUCGUUACGUCUGGCCGCCGAUUAUUUGAUCACAAAGACUCUGAUUCUGGAUGAGUCAUGGGACAUUACAGACACGGUGGAGAUUGCACAUUUGGAGCAUGUGUCAAAGAUCGCAGAGAAACUCAUGAAGGUGGAAGGUUCCGAGUUGAAAUCUGGAGUUGAUCCAACUUCUGGGGAAACACUGUCAAGAGACGUCGAACAGCCUACUGCAGAGUCAGGUCCAUUGACAAAAUCAGCCCUCGUGCUCGCAGCAGUAAGGCGUUCCAGAGGCCAAGCCGAAUUCACUUCGAGGGACCGACUUAUGGACCCUUUGGAAUUCCAAGCUGAACGAUGGCGACGCAUUCGAGUGCAUCAGAAUGCAGAUGAAUACCUGUCAGAGAUCAAAGACUUUCUGAAGGAGGACUUCGAGAAGGUUUUGCCCAGAAGACUGAGAAAGAUUACCAAGGUUGCCGAUCUAUUUGUACUUGACACUAGGGAUGUGUUGCAUCGACUAGCUUGCUCGACUCGUGAUCGCCCGCGUGACUUUCAGGAUGAACCUCGACUCGUCGUUCCAAAAGCACUCCGGGACGAUGUUUUACAUUACGGUUACGAAGAUUUCCAAGGAGGUCACCAAGGCAUCACAAGGACCCAUACGAAGUUAUGUUCAGAAUUCUAUUGGCCUGGCAUGUACGCGGAUGUAGAACACUUUGUGCAAGAGUGCGUUGAUUGCGCAAGUGGAAAAGGAAAACCUCCAAACGCUGGACAAUCGCCCGGUAAUAUCGAACCCCGACAACCUUUUGAAGUUGUGUCGAUGGACUUCGUGACGCAUAUGCCGAAGUCCGAUCGAGGGAACACGUUUUUGCUACUGUUCCAAGAUAUGUUUUCGGGAUAUGUAAUGUGCAAACCUAUGGAUUCAACCACCACUCAAGAUGUCGCGGAAGCUUACGAAGAACGUGUAUUUCGGAACUUUGGAGCAAGUUCGAUGAUUCGGCACGAUCAAGACCCCCGUUUCAUGAGCGAGCCGUCAAAGGGCCACUUUGGGAUACCGACCCCAAGCAAACAGACAACAGGAACGAUCUGUCCAAACGGUUGUCAGGGGGGACGAAAAGUUCAGAGAGAUUAUGACUAUGCGAAAGCGUGUGCCGAGGACUUGCAGAACAAAGCCCGACGACAUCGUUCCGACCUCCAAACGCAAAAGUGGAAGGAGUUAUCCGAACGCCUGAAAUCAGGAUUUCAGAAAGGAGACGCCGUAUGGUUAUACAUCCCAAAAGUGCAGACUGGACUAAGUAAGACGUUGGCGCACUUAUGUAAUGGGCCUUUUCGAAUUGAUGAAGUGUUAGACGAUUUCAGGGUGAAGCUGAAAGUUGACAGUACCGGUUACCGAGUCAAUCCUCGUCUGAAACCAAGAGCCUUGUUUCCCAAAAGACCGACAGUCACUGUGGAUGUGGAUGAAGAAGAUGAAUUUUAUGCUGCGCUACUCCCAGAAGACAGUUGGGAAGACGAUGCCCAAAAGGAUGAGAACGAGGUUGAGAAGAUUUUGGAUCUUCGAUGGUCUAAGAAAACUCGGAUAUCUAAAAGGUGUCAAGAGUACCUUGUCAAAUGGAAGAGUUAUGACGAUCCAGAAUGGCUUCCUGCAUCUCAACUGAAUUGUGGAGCAUUACUCUAUGAGUUUAACCAAGGUGCACGCGCUAGAGCCCGCUUUCAAAGUAUGCAAGCUGGUGACGACCACCCUCGGAGCUAA